GUUUUGCGUAGAUUCCAUGACGCCGGAGAACGAAAUUGUUUUCUAACCUUGUGACUUUGACCGUCUGGCUCGAUAAUAACAUAUGUGUUAUACUGCUUAUGAUCAUGAUCAUGAAACCGUCAACAUGAUUGAUAGCACUUUGGACUUUGGGAACGUUUUCAAAAGUACUAGGAUAAGUACUCACAUUGAUGCACGUAUAAACGAUUUGUUCAUAUUAACAUUUACCUCAUUAUGAACUUUUCCUUUUGAGUGUUUGCUUUCGAGCUCCAAGAGAUAUAUGGGGGAAAAUUCUAAAAUCGCCACUGAUUGAUUAGGCUCCAUCAUGACGAUUACAGACCUAGAACUGGGCUCUUGGUUGAGUUCUGGACUAAUUUGUCUUCUAAUCGUUUGGUUCGUUAAACAUCUGAUAUCACGACCAAGGAACAUGCCUCCCGGUCCUACUGGAAUACGUCUCCUGUGCGAUGCAUGGCGGCUUUUCAGGGCUAGUUCAAAUCCUUUAACUCUCUUUUCAUCAUGGUCUAAGAAGUAUGGUGAGAUCGUGUCCUUCUACGUUGGUACGAAGCCUUUCGUCAUCCUAAACUCUUACCCCAUUAUCAUGGAAGCCUUCCGUCAUCCAGAUCUUCAGGAUCGACCUAGGAGCCGGCUGAUUGAAGAACUAAAUGGAUUGAAAAAUUGCGGUAUUGCUUUUUCCCGAGGGGAAAACUGGAAAGAGCAGCGCAAGUUCAUUCAUUCUGUAUUUCGAAGUCUAGGAGUUGGUAAGAAGAGCUACGAAGAUACCGUCUCAGCCGAGAUGUCUCAGCUGAAUUCCGCCAUCGAAGAAAAGAAAGGGGCUCAGUUUGAUCCUGAUACUCUCUUCAUGCAAGCAAUAUCAAACAUCAUCAGCACUAUUAUCUUCGGAACGCAGUACAAAUAUGACGACCUCGAGUUCAAGAAACUUUUGCAUAUGAUAAACACGAACGUGAGAUUGACAGGAGGGGGUGGAUCGACUUUGUUUGUUCCGAUUCCGGGUAUGACCCGGAUACCAUUCGGUAUCUUUAAAACAAUGACGGACAAUAUCCGAGCUUUGAAUGACUUCGUCGAUUCUCAAAUCGAUUCUCAUGAAAAGAGUUGGGACCGAGCAACUCCAAGGGAUUUCAUCGACCAGUAUCUUAAUAAAUUGGAGAGUACCAAGGAUACAAUUUCGUCAUUCAGCAAACUCAAUUUAGUCAGCUGCAUCGAUGAUCUCUUCAUCGCCGGGUCUGACACAACGAGUACUACUCUGAGGUGGUGCAUUUUAUUCAUGAUGGCAUAUCCAAAGGUCCAGUCACGUGUUCAAGAUGAACUGGAUCACGUGGUUGGCAGACAACGAACCCCAAGACUCGAUGAUAUGAAAGAUCUUCCCUACACAAUGGCUGUUUUAUCAGAGGUCCAACGACUUGCUGUGGUGGCGCCACUAGGUGUGCCUCAUGUAGCUGCUGCGGAUACAAUUAUAGGAGGCUAUACCAUACCGAAGGGCGCCAUCGUUGUGUCUAACAUCUUUGAAGUUCUGAACAGCGAGGAACUUUGGAAAGAACCCGGUAGCUUUCAACCUGAAAGAUUUUUGACUGAAGAUGGAGAGCUCAUAAGGAGAGAUGAACUAAUCUUCUUUAGCACUGGUCGUCGUGUGUGUCUCGGAGAGCAGCUAGCCAGAAUGGAGACAUUCUUGGCUUUUACCAGUCUCCUGCAACGAUUCACCUUCAAGAAACCUGACAGCUCACCUGCCCUUUCUUUUGAUACUGUGCUUGGAAUUGCAAGGAGCCCGUUACCCUAUGUGACAAGUGCAGUAAAAAGGCCUUGAAGAUGUCCUAAUGAAAAAAACAUACUUAUCUGUUGAUAUGGUUAUUUUAGUGAUUUUAAUGAUAUUACUCUUGAAAUAUAAUUAUACUCAUUAUAACUUUUACUUUACGUCAUGACCAGUUGUAAAAUUUGAACAAUAGGAGGCCAGGAUCUCGCAUUUAAAUCUUUCAGCAACCAUAUCAUGAUGCCAUCGGAGUAUUUAAUUCAUGCCAAUAUCUAAAAAAAUAAAACAAUUUCGUCCUCGUUGUGUCUCACUGCUGUGCACUUAUUUUUUAGAUAUGUAUUUGUACUCUUUUUUUUUUAAUGUAGAAGCGUGUAGUGGAUUUCAAGGUAUACCAUGUAUUUUUUCAUGGGCAUAUUCUUUUAUGUAGUAAUGAAGGGAGAUGCUUUGACAAAUUAAUGGCUUCUUUUGACUUCCUGCGUUAAAAUUCUUUGAUCAUUUGUUCUGUAUUAUUAUAAUGAAGGUGGAUAUUUUAUCAUUGUUUUUAUGUUGUACUAUAUAAUGGAUGUUGAAUGGAAUAACAAAAAUCAUGUCAGUCGAUAAUCUUGUAUAGGUGCAAGAACUCUAUUCAUCUUUUUUUGUAUUUUUGUCACAUUCAUUUGUAUCGAUUAAAUUCACUGACUCAUUUAUUAUUUCACUAUUUCCUUUCAUGGCGUACAUUUUUAUUAACAAUUAAUAUAAUAAUAAUAAUAAUAAUAAAGAGCAUUUUUAAAGCGCCAAAUCCAAAUCGACUAUGUGCAGAGGCCGCUGGUAGAAGUUAAUAAUAUGUAUUAAUCCUGUUCUGAUUAUUGGUGUUGAUUAUCUUAUAGAUAUAUAUAUAUCCGUACAAUAAGCAACUUGCAUUCAGCCCAUAUAUAUUUUGUUGAUAUCUACAUUGUCUAUCAAUUCGAAUAAAUUACAUUUUUACGUUAUGUCAAUUU